AUGGGCACAGUAGCUGGUCUUGUUUUUGCCCUUCUCAUCAUUUUCCAAAUUUCUUCCUCUGUUAGUGCCCUGAGCUCAAACUACUACCACCAGACCUGCCCUAAACUUGAGUCUGCUGUUACUAAUGCUGUCAAGAAGGCAAUGAAGAACGACAAAACUGUUCCUGCUGCACUACUUCGGAUGCAAUUUCAUGACUGCUUUAUUAGAGGUUGUGAUGCUUCUGUACUCUUGGCAUCCAAGGGUAAGAACCAAGCAGAGAAAGAUGGGCCUCCUAACAUUUCAUUGCAUGCAUUUUAUGUCAUUGACAAUGCAAAGAAAGCAGUAGAAGCUUUGUGCCCUGGCGUGGUUUCUUGUGCUGAUAUUCUAGCUCUAGCAGCAAGAGAUGCAGUAGCUUUGUCUGGAGGUCCCACUUGGGAUGUGCCAAAAGGAAGAAAAGACGGAAGAAUUUCAAAGGCAAGUGAAACCAGGCAAUUACCAGCUCCAACCUUUAACAUUUCUCAAUUACAGCAAAGCUUCUCGCAAAGAGGUCUUUCUUUGAAGGAUCUAGUAGCUCUCUCAGGAGGUCACACUCUUGGAUUCGCUCAUUGUUCAUCAUUUCAGAACAGAAUCCACAACUUCAAUGCCACUCUUGACGUGGAUCCGACAUUGAACCCAUCUUUUGGAGCCAGUUUAAGGAAUGUCUGUCCAGCCCACAACAAGGUCAAAAAUGCAGGUGCUACAAUGGACUCUACAACGACCGCGUUUGACAAUGUUUACUACAAGUUGCUUCUCCAGGGACGGAGUCUUUUCUCUUCAGAUCAAGCUCUGCUCUCUACAGCAAAAACUAAGGCGUUGGUUUCUAAAUUUGCUUGCUCCCAAAAGAUGUUUGAAAAAGCUUUUGUUAAGUCCAUGAUCAAGAUGAGUAGCAUCAAUGGUGGACAAGAGAUUAGGCUAGACUGUAAAGUGAACAACCCAACUCAAGAACAAGUCCGAGAACUAAAACAAGCAGACGAGCAAAAGGAAGAAGAAGAUGAUGAAGAGCUGCAUAAGCUGCUUUUACCUGACGUUCGUGAUCUUCCUAUCAGUCCUCCUUCUUCUAUUCAAACCAAUUUCGUCUCCUAUUUCGCUCCGGAUUUUGUGAAGCCAGGAUACGACCAGUACGUUUAUAGACAUGCCAAUGGGCUGUGUGUGAUUGGUUUGGCUCCGACCCAUGUGGCUUUUAAGGAUGAAGGAGGAAUUACGGCUGUUGAUUUCAAUGUUGGCAAGUCUGAUCGUAGUGGCAUUAAGGUCACCGGAAAGCGAAAAAAGCAAACUGUUACUAACAAUAGAGAGCAUCUUUUGCAGAAUGCACAACACUUUGAGUCUAACACUGCUCUGUGUAAAGUUUGCACCCAGAAUGAGUCUUAUAUUGUCAGAUGUUGCGUUAAAGGCUCUCUGUUGGAAGUGAAUGAUAAACUAAUUAAACAGCCAGAUUUGCUUAACUCUGCAGCUGAGAGAGAAGGGUAUAUUGCUAUUAUCAUGCCAAAGCCAGCAGAUUGGCUGAAGGCCAAAGCUUCAAUGUUGGGCCUUGAAGAAUACGAGAAACUGAGAGAAGGGAGAUGA